CACGGAGUUGGACCAAACUCUAAAUAUAGCCCAACCCACUUUCCGUGCAGUUCCCUUCAUACUCUGAAGGCAGAUGACCUUGUCAGAAAACUGACCUCCCAGCAUGUCACUCUCUACAAAGAGAGGAUCUAAGGGAACAGGACCACAAUGUAAAAGGACAGAAAAGCAAUCAACCAUCUGCUUGCAGCAAAUUAAUGUAGAUCCUUCAGAUGAUGAAGCUAUUGAGAAAGCAAGUGAUAGCAGGACAGCAAUACAUCAAGUUUCGGAUUCCAAACCUGCUGUGACAAAGAAAAGAAAACAGCCUACAGAGUGUUUUCUAAGUCAGCCUGAAGAAAAACAAGAGAGCACUGUAAAGACAAAGAAGAGAAAGAAGAAAAAAAUUUCUGAUAUUCUGGAAAAAUCCACUCCAAAACCUGGCGUCCCUGCGGAUCUACAAAAUCUCCUUAGUCAACACUUUGGUGAAAACCGUUCAGUGAUUGAAAUAGAGGAAUUAAAGCUGUCAGAUUCCUGUUUUUUGCCAGCCAAUGAUCUCACCCAUAGUUUUUCUUCAUACCUGAAAGAAAUCUGCCCUAAGUGGGCAAAACUCCGUAAAAACCACAAGGAGAAGAAGUCGGUGGUGAUGCUGGUUAUCUGCAGUUCUGCCCUUCGUUCCUUGGAACUCAUCAAGUCAAUGACAGCAUUUAAAGGAGACUGCAGAGUUCUCAAGCUGUUUGCAAAGCACAUAAAGAUCAAGGAACAGAUGAAUAUGUUGGAGAAAGGCGUGUUCCAUAUUGGGGUUGGAACUCCUGGGAGAGUAAAAGCACUGGUGGAGCAAGAUGGCCUGUGCUUGAACUCCACAAAAUAUAUGAUUCUGGAUUGGAACUGGAGAGAUCAGAAACUAAGGAGAAUGAUGGAUAUCCCUGAGAUAAAGAAAGAAACAAUUGACCUACUGGAGAUGAGUAUUAUAAAGCUGUGCAGAGAGGGGACUGUGAAGCUCGGACUCUUUUAAUGGUUUUACCAACAAGGAAGUAAUUUUCAGCUGCAUUUUAAUAUUAUCCUGUCUGCAAUUGGCAAGUCAUUAACAGGUGAUGGAAUCAAGAAUUUUGACUUUUCAGAGGUCUAUCAAUACAGAAAGAAUGCAUGUUGCAACUGUUUCUGAGUCUCCUUUUCUUCUAAUAAUAAAACAGAAGUUUUGUUUGUGAUUUUAGUAUGGUUUUCAUUACAGGAACAAUGUGAUACUGAAAUUAGAGUUACAUUGCAUUCACCUGAUAGAUUUACUACUAUAUGUUACUUUUAAGACUUUGAAGAUGAGCAAACGUGGGUGUGAAACUCUUUGUACAACUCAGUUCUCUGUUAUCUCUCUCUGCUGUCCCAAAGGAGACGUUUACUUCUCUCACGAGAGCGGUAAUCUAGUUCUUGCCUUCGAGGGUCUUUGAAAAUGUAUGAAUGUCGGUAAUUUGUCAAACGGUAUUUUUCACCUGUCUGUUCUAGAGCUGGCCAAAUGCUAUUUUUUUGGUAUUACAUGAUAAAUUUACUGUAUAUCGAGACUUUAUUUUGGUUAAACUGUUGAAGUAUGCAAAAAAUAUUCUUCUGUUUGUCCAUUUAAAUUAAAAGGAGAUGAUCUCUGGG